AUGGAGGAUAAUCUACCAAUUAAUGUCCGGGAAUAUCAAAAACUCGCCAAGAAAGCACUACCAAAGAUGCACUAUGAUUAUAUCAAUGGGGGAGCAGAGGAUGAGUAUACACUGAGGGAGAAUAUUGCAGCAUAUGGAAGAAUUAUGUACUGUUCACCUCACCAAUUAUUUACAACCUCAUUAAAAAGUGGUUCCUUACUUUUCAGCGUGUAUUACACAGGGGAGGUGGCCACAGCAAGAGCUGCCGCAGCAUGUAACACCAUAAUGGUGCUUUCCUUCUCAUCAAGCUGCAGAAUCGAGGAGGUUGCCUCCAGCUGCGAUGCCAUUCGCUUUUAUCAGUUAUAUAUGUGCAAGAGAAGGGAUGUUUCGGCAACAUUGGUACGGCGGGCUGAGAGUUUAGGAUUCAAGGCAGUUGUUUUGACAGUUGACAGGCCUGUGAUUGGUAGGCGUGAAGCAGAUAUUAGAAACAAGAUGAUUGCUCCACGGUUUGUAAACCUUGAAGGUUUAAUGUCAUCAGACAACGACAUAGAAAGUGCUGAAGGUGGCUCCAAUCUGGAACGAUUCUCACGGGAGACGCUGGAUCCAUCAUUGUCAUGGAAGGACGUGGAGUGGCUCAAGUCCAUCACCAGCCUGCCGAUCCUGCUCAAGGGCAUCGUCACCGCCGAAGACGCGAGGAAGGCCGUGGAGGCGGGGGUGUCUGGCGUGAUCGUGUCCAACCACGGCGGCAGGCAGCUGGACUAUGCACCAGCCACCAUCUCGGCGCUCGAAGAGGUGGUUAAGGCGGUGGAGGGGGCCGUGCCGGUGCUGGUGGACGGUGGCAUCCGGCGGGGCACCGACGCGCUGAAGGCGCUGGCGCUCGGCGCCAAUGCUGUCAUGGUGGGGAGGCCGGUGUUGUACGGGCUGGCGGCGCGCGGGGAAGCCGGCGCGAGGCACGUGAUCGAGAUGCUGAACAAAGAGCUGGAGCUGGCCAUGGCGCUCUGCGGCUGCCGGAGCGUCGCGGAGGUCACCAGGGCGCACGUCCAGACCGAGGGCGACCGGAUCAGGGCCCUGCUGUGA